AUGACUGACAAGGACCCCAAGAGGAUCGAAACUAAAGUGGAUGUUGAGGCCGCCGCGCCCUCUCUCAAGGAUGUCCCCAUCGACCCGGACCGUUUCUUCCGCGACUCCGACGACAGCACUGGCACCGUACGAGGUCUCAAAGCUCGUCAUCUCCAACUUAUCGCCAUUGGCGCCGCUGUUGGCACUGGCCUAUUCAUCGGCUCCUCGCGCAGUCUCAUCUACGCGGGUCCCAUCGGCGCGUUUGUCGCGUAUGCUCUCUACUCUGCCGUCAUCUGGGACCUAUGCCUUGGCGUCGGCGAGAUGGCGGCAUUCCUGCCUGUUCGCGGAGGGUACAUCAACUGGGCGAGCAUGUACCUCGACCCGGCGGUGUCCUUUGCCAUUGGCUGGAACCAGUUCUACGCAGCCACGAUGUUCGGCUGUGCGGACAUUGUCGCGGCAACGGGACUACUUGGAUACUGGUGGCCUCACAUCAACCCGGCAGUGUGGAUCUCCAUCGCCCUCGUCAUCGUCAUUGCCCUCAAUGUAUACCAUGUCAAGUUCUUUGGCGAGGCCGAGUUCUACUUUGCCAGCCUCAAGGUGAUCCUCAUCCUCAUGAUGAUCUUCAUGGCGUUUAUCGUCAUGCUCGGCGGUAACCCAAAGCACGACCGGAUCGGCUUCCGCUACUGGAAGAAGCCAGGCGUAUGGGCAGAGUACCACUCGACUGGCGCCCUUGGUCGCUUCCUCGGAUUCUGGCAAGUCUUCAAGAUUGCAGCAUUCUCCAUCGGUGGUCCCGACACGGUGGCAAUGUGCUCCGCCGAAGCAGUCCAGCCUCGCAGGUCGGUCCCUCGUGCCACCAAGUCCGUCGUACUCCGCCUGGCUGUGUUCUUCGGUCUCGGCAUCUUGUCGAUGGGUGUCCUCGUCCCAUACAACGACCCGGUCUUGCUCGAAACAACGUCCACCGGUGUUGGCGCCGACGCAUCCGCUUUCGUUGUCGGCAUGAAGCGCGUGGGGAUUCGCUACCUUCCGGACAUCUUCAACUUCAUGGUCCUCACAUCGGCUUUGUCGUGCACCAAUGGCUUUGCGUAUAUCGCAACUCGUGUCCUCCACUCCCUCGCAAGCCGAGGUGAGGCCCCCGCAAUCUUUGCCCGCACAACCAAGCGCGGUGUGCCCAUCUACGCCUUUGGUCUCGUCGUCGGCAUCCUCUGCCUCAGCUAUAUGCAAGUCAGCACCAACUCGGCCAAGGUGUUUGGGUGGUUCAUCAAUCUCAGCAGUGUCGCCGCAUUGAUCAACAACUGCACACUCAGUUUCAUGGCCAUCCGCUUCAGGACCGGCCUCAAGGUCCAAGGCUACCCUAGCAACUUCCUCCCCUGGUCAACGAGGUUCACCGUGCCCUGGUGCUACUUCUCGUUCACCCUGUCACUCCUCAUCAUGCUCACCCAGGGCUGGACUGUGUUUGUCAAGGGAGGCUGGAAUGUCCAAGAGUUCCUCAGCGCAUACUUUGGCAUCGCGCUCUUCGCUGUGCUGUUCACCGGUUGGAAGAUCAAGCACAAGACCAAGAUGGUCAAGCUCAAGGACAUGGACUUUGACUCGCGGGUCGAGGAGUUUGACAAGCUCGACGAGUAUUACCGGGAGAACCCGCCGACCUCGACCACCUGGUGGGGCCGUCUGCUCGAUAAGCUGUUCUAGGAUCGUGUGUCGGCGGGGGCGCAGGAGCGAAGAUGUAGUGAAGUUGUACGCGUCGAGAAUGCAAGUGAUGCUGGGCAACA